GGCACAGCAGCUCCCCUGGGCUGUACCCACCUGUCCCCAUGUCACUAACAUGGGCAACCUCUAAAUCUGGGCUGAAGGGAGUGUCAGUGCCCGUAUCAAGUGGCAAUAAAGGGCUUUAAGCAUUGGGCAGCUCUAAAGCAAUCAAUCUCUAACUCAAGAGGAAUCAAUGCUGUCCCUGCAGCCAGAGCAAUGUGCUGAGUGAGUGCCCAGCCAUCCUCCCCCUGCCAGUGUCACACCCCUGUCCCCAGCUGGCACCGCUGGCUCAGCACACGCCAGGGGCAGUGCCAAGGCCAGCUGGGGACAGCAGCAGAGCCACAGGAGCAGCUCCUGGCUCAGCCCUGGCCACGCACUGUGGCACCAAGAACCUUCACACCUGCACCUGCCAGCCCGGGCCUUAGAGCUGUGUGACAUGCUAUUUGUAUGCAAAUAACCCUGGGAGUGCACAAGUCCAAAAAUAUUAUUUUAAAGUCUGGUGUAAUUAAGUUUGCCAUGCAUUUCCCUGCUCCUGCAGCCCUGGGGAUCCUGCUGUUAGCGGGAAAAUGAAUGCCUGGAUGACAUCUCUCCCCCUUGCAUGGCUUCACUGGUGAUUUAUUUAUCUGCCCGUGCUGUGUUUUGUUGUCUCAGCAGUCUCUGUUGCUCAUGAGCAGCAAACACUGGGAGUCCAUUUAAAAAAAAACAACUCUUGUCUUAUUUCAGUAAUUUACUAUGCAGAGGUUUUGUGUUUUUCAUAAUGGAUUAGAACCUGUAAUUUUGUAUUUUGAAUGCAUGGACCUAAUAACUCACGUAAUGAAAAUCUAACAGGCUUGAGGAUGAGCCAUUAAUGAAACAGCAGUUUUAUGAUCCUCCACAAUAUAUUGUAAUAGUGAAUCACUUACAGAGCUGUCCUGCGCUGAUUUAUGAUGAAACUUGUUUGUGAUGUGGAGAUAGAACCAUGUGCCUGCACUUCCUGACGGUCAUUAACCAAUGGGAAUCAUAAUCGGGAUUUAUGGGGUUUGAAGCAGAGCAGUGGGAAAGGCCAAUUAAGCGCCAGCCGUGCUCAGGUACCUCAGUGAACCAGCCCUGCUAAUUUAUGCUGACUAAUUAGUUUGUUUUCUCUCCAAUUAGGAGGCUGGUCAAGAGCACAGGGGGGUGCGUGGGAUGGUGCCCUUGGCAGGUGCCACCCCUCCCUGCCAUGCCCUGGCUCUGCUCUGCCAUCUCUGUGCUCUGCUCACCCAGGUGCUGUGGGCUGCUCUUGCUCCCAGUCAGGUCUUUCAUCACCCAAAGCCGCCGGCCAUGGCUGUGCUUUGGGGAUGCCAGGUCCUGGUCACUGCAUGGCCCAGCCUGGGGAGCCCUGGUGGCCCUGGUUGCUGUCUGGGUUUGUGACAGAGAUAACCUGGUGGCUCGGGCUCUCUGGGGGAUGGCUGCAGGCAGGGAUGCACAGAGGGAUGGGGUGUUGGGGUACUGGCCUCAUCCUGGCUGCCACAGCUCCCUGUGCACUCCAGCCAGGCAUUCCCUACCUGUCCCUGCCUGCUCAGCCAGGGCACCUCCAGUGUCAUGCAUCUGACUGCAGUGGAUUUGAUAGUUUACUCUAGUAAUACAAGACCAAUUUAUAAAUCUUUCCGUCCCAUUAGGUUUUAUUUGAUUUGGAUGUUCAGAUGUCAAAGCAAAUGAUUUAAUUAGUGCUAAGCUGGGCUGCAGGGAUGCUGCAUUUCCCCCAGGCUGGUGCUCCUUGCCUGGCCUGCAGCCCAGCUGCCAGUGCCAGAAAGAGAUGUGUGUACCCAGGAGCCCAUUUGGAGCUCCUGGGCCUGGCCCAUUUGGACUCAGCUCCCACUGGCAGAGCAGCACAGCUCCCAGGGCUCUGUCCAUUGCUCCCCAAGGCUGCUUGUGGUGGUGGCGUUGUGGCACAGCCAUCCCACUCUUGCAUCCUGGCACUGGACACACACUGGUGUGAGUGUGGGGCUGCCAGUGCCCCUGUCCUCUGCCAGGCUGUCCCCUGGGACUGGGAUGGACCUGGAAGCCAUCCAUGGCCAGGGUCCUGUGCCUGCGUGGUCCCACUGGGAGGGGACACGUCACCAGCCCCAUGGCGCUGCCACCACCUCCCGGUGCCAGUCCCGGCUCCUCCCUUACCAUGCCCCUCUGCUUCGCUCACAGGAGCCUGAUGCCACGAACCCUCGACAGCCAGAUCACGGUGGAGAAGACGCCCAGCUACUUUGUGACCAAGGAGGCCCCACGGCGCAUCUUCAACAUGUCCCGGGACACCAAGCUGAUCGUGGUGGUGCGCAACCCGGUGACCCGCGCCAUCUCGGACUACACGCAGACCCUGUCCAAGAAGCCAGACAUCCCCACCUUCGAGGGGCUGACCUUCCGCAACCGCAGCCUGGGGCUGGUGGACACCUCCUGGAACGCCAUCCGCAUCGGCAUGUACGCCGUGCACCUGCAGAGCUGGCUCCAGUACUUCCCCCUGUCCCAGAUCCACUUCGUCAGCGGCGAGAGGCUGAUCACGGACCCGGCGGGCGAGAUGGGCAAGGUCCAGGAUUUCCUGGGCAUCAAACGGGUUAUCACUGACAAGCACUUCUACUUCAACAAGACAAAAGGCUUUCCGUGCCUGAAGAAGUCAGAGAGCAGCGGCUUGCCCCGCUGCCUUGGCAAGUCCAAGGGCAGGACUCACGUGCAGAUAGACCCUGAGGUGAUCGAGCAGCUUCGGGACUUUUACAGACCUUAUAACAUCAAAUUCUAUGAAACAGUCGGGCAGGACUUCAGGUGGGAGUGAGUGUCCGGGAGCAGAGCUGCACUGACAGGAAGCUGCAGUGUUCUCUGAGGAGAGCCCAAGGGGCUGGAGCCAGGACCCCUCAGCCCAUCCUGCCCAGAAUUGCAGGCAGAGCCAGGCAAGGGGGUCGCCUGUCCCUUAGGGGUCUGCAGUGCUCUGGAGAACCAAGACAAGGAAGACUCAGAUCCUGCUGCAGCCACCAGGCUAAGGGAUGGGUGCCCAGCAGCACUGCCUGUCCCAGCGGGCCAGCAGCCACCUCUGUGGGCUCCUGUUUGCUCUGAGCACCGCAAGGUCCCUGGGCCACGGGGAUGGCCCCGUCUGCAGCCUGUGCCCAGGCUGCUCCAAAGCACAGCCCUCUGUGUCCCACAGCAAUGGGUGCUCCUGGACAGUGGCAGUGGGACUGUCCCUGCCAGGCAGAGCUGCACUUUGUCAUUGCCGCCAUGUGUACCCCUGAGGACAGUGAGAUGUAUCUGCUUGACAAAGAAUCUAUGGAAAAUGUUGUACUGAUAUUUUGUCCUGUGAAUAAAGCACAGAAUCCUGCUGUUACGGGUACUUUAGUGGCACUAGUUUCCUUGUUCAGCUUGUGAUCCCUUCAUGUAAAUAAAGUGGCUUCCACCAGUCCGAA